CUCUUGUAUGGCGCGCGUCAGUUAUCCACUUCCAGGUUGUGUUGUUCGUUAUAUCAUCUAUUGAUAGUACACAUACAGACUCCCCUUAGGCAUCGCAUUUUAUUGCUUUUGAUAAUAACCUGCCUUCGUUCGUCACGCCAUCGCAACCGCCAAAAUGGCGGACAUGAAUGAAUACAUCGCUACUGAGACGAUUAAAGCAGAAGAGAAGAUAUCCAGGUACCGACCAGGUGGAUUUCACCCUAUUGCUCUUGGCAAUUCCUUUAAACAAGGCCGCUAUACUGUCGUCCAUAAACUUGGCUAUGGGGGGUUUUCUACGGUAUGGGUUGCAUAUGACGAUAUCCUUCAUCAAUGGGUGGCUCUCAAAAUCAUGACUGCUGCAAUCACCGAGACAUCUCGAGAACUCAGGUGGUACGAUGCGUUGGGGGCAUGGCGCCCAGACAGCCUAUACUCUAAGUACAUUGUCCGAUUACUGGAUCAUUUCAUUAUCGAAGGGCCAAAUGGUGCGCAUUUGGCCCUGGCAUUUGAGCUUAUGGGUCCCAAUCUCAGAUCAAUUGUCAAAACCGAGUACCACAAUCGCGCAGAGGUUGAUCCGACAACCAUCCUGAAAAUGACAGAACAUGUGCUCAAAGCGCUUGAAUUUAUCCACCAGAGUGGAUUUGCACAUGGAGAUAUAAGCACCAAAAAUAUGGCAUUUAAGGCCGAGUAUCUGUCAAAGAUGACAAAAGAAAAGCUCUUCGAGGUCCUUGGAGCUCCCUCCGUUGGGAACGUGGCUCGCGUCGAUGGGCAACCACUCGCAGAUGGAAUACCCCACUACCUCGUAGGAAGCGCAACCUGGGAUGGAUGGGUUAGCGAAUGUGACGAGGACUUUCGGCUUCUUGACUUUGGAGAAUGUUUUGUUCUCGGAAGGGAACCUGAGAUUAUCACCCAGCCUGGGGGAUUAAUGCCACCCGAAACUGUUCUCACGGAAGGGUAUGACUACAGAGUAGACCUGUGGCGUGUUGGCAUUGUGAUCUACUCGUUUGUGUUCGGAGGACUCCCAUUCUAUUGCAUCGGGGACAGAGACAACCUUGUUAUCCAGAUGAUUGAAUUUAUCGGAGACCUUCCACAAGAGUGGAAGCCCAGCUUUGAUCACUUGAGGAUUGACUUCAAAAGACAGCCUCUGCUAGAGGGUGACCUUCGUGUUGACCGAGGGCUCGAAUACAAAUUCAAACAUCAGAUCCAUGAAGCCGAGCUGCAGCCCCUCCUCCCUGUUAUUCAGGGGCUGAUGAAGUUUAGGCCGUCCGAGCGAAUUUCGGCUCAGCAAGCUCUGGAGAUGAUGAAGUCCAGGUAGCGUGGGGGCAGAGUUAUUAUGGCAUGUGCGGCGCGCAAAGAGGCUGGCGGAUUACCUCGAUUAAGCGGGCGUUUAACGGAUAUAUUUUUUCUAAGACUUGUUUCAGUACCAGCGUCGGUCUAGCCUCUCAUUAUUACAUCGACAUUUGGG